AUGUCAUCUAACGGUAUCACAACGAGAAAGAUUGUCUGCUUCUCAGACUUCGAUGGAACGAUAUUCAUGCAAGAUACGGGCCAUGUCCUUUUUGAUAACCUGGGGUGUGGUGCCAAGCGCCGCCAAAUGCUCGACGAGCAGAUCAAGUCCGGCGAGCGCUCAUUCCGUGAAGUCUCCGAAGAAAUGUGGGGAUCGCUACGGAUCCCCUUCGAGGACGGCUUCGAUGUGAUGCAGGAGGAGCUGGAUAUUGAUCCUGGGUUUCAGGAAUUUCACAAGUUUUGUAUCGAGAAGGGAAUCGAUUUCAAUGUUAUCAGUGCUGGUUUGAAGCCGGUCUUGCAGAAAGUGCUGGACACUUUCCUAGGAGAGCAAGAGGCAUCGCGCAUUCAGAUUGUCGCCAAUGAUGCAGAUAUCAAGUCCGACGGCUCGGAGUGGAAGCCGAUCUGGAGGCAUGAAACAGAGCUUGGCCACGACAAGGCCCUGUCUAUCAAAGAGGGUCGUGCGCAAGCAGCAGAAGAUGCCUUGGAAGGAGAGAUCCCUCUUAUCAUCUUCAUUGGUGACGGAGUGUCCGACCUCCCGGCUGCUCGUGAAGCGGAUGUCCUUUUCGCGCGCAAGGGACUGAGGUUGGAGGAAUAUUGCAUUGAGAACAAGAUCCCCUACAUUGGCUUCGACUCAUUUUCCGAUGUCAAGCGGGAAGUAGAAGCGAUCAUGAAGGAGGACCAGGAGAAGACCAAGGGCGUGGGCAAGCCUGCCCGGUUUAACCCCCGGGCCAAUAUGUGGCGGCGGAUUUCCAGCAAGCAGGCUGUUCCGAAGUUUGUCGCUGCCACACCAUCCAGGGAAGAGAAGAUGUUCCUCUGGCCAGAGAGCUUCUCCGAAUACCGACCCAAGAAUGCGGAUGAUAUCCGAGUUUGA